GGUACUAAGGCAAUGAGGUUAAGAGGGGUUUAGUGAACCAGACAGAUAGGUGGAUUGCUGGUUAUCAUUGUAUCCUCUCCGACUGCAUAGCAAAGAGGGACCAUUCUAAUCCUGGGGGAAGAAGCUAAGGAUAAGUCUUAUCUAAGGGAAAAUGGGUCGACUUUGGUUGAAAAGUGGUGUUGGUUGUGCCUUAUUGGUAGCUAUCUUCAUGUUCUGUUGUUUGGUGCACACAGCCUUAUCCCAGGCACAUGAGGAUUUUCAUCAUGGUCAUAGCCAUGCACAUCAUGGGCACAGCCAUGGUCACCAUGGACAUGGCCACAGUCAUCACGGACAUGAUUGCCAUGGACACGGGCAUUCCCAUCAUGGACAUAGUCAUGAGGAUCUUCACCAUGGUCAUAGCCAUGUGCAUCAUGGGCACAGCCAUCAAGAUCACCAUGGGCACAGCCAUGAGGAAAUCCAGCAUGAACAUAGUCCAGAUCAUAAAGAGCAGAGCCAUGUAGUAGGAGAAGAGCGCACCAAAAGAGAAGCACCAACUGGAGAUAAUUUAAUACACAAUCAUGGGUCAAAAGAGAAAAUGGAACCUGUGCAACUUUGGACAUAUGCUAUAUGUGCCACACUCCUGAUAUCAGCUGCUCCCUUCUUCAUCCUCUUCCUGAUACCUGUGCAGUCUAAUAGCAGCCAGCACCAGUCCCUGCUCAAAUUACUCCUGAGCUUUGCAUCAGGGGGGCUUCUUGGAGAUGCCUUUUUGCACCUCAUCCCUCAUGCACUAGAGCCACAUUCUGUACAUGAAGCAGUUGCAGAGCCUGAAGAAACACAUGGCCACGGACACUCUCAUGGUCAAAGCCACUCCCAGAUGAUGUUAGUUGGCCUUUGGGUCCUUGCUGGAAUUAUUGCCUUCCUUGUUGUUGAGAAAUUUGUGAGGCAUUUGAAAGGAGAACAUGGUCACGGACACAGUCAUGCUGCAAAGGAAAAAAUAGUGGAUGAUGCAACAGAGAAGGAGGAGGAAAAAGACCCAGGGAAGGAUGGCGUGAGACAAAGAAAGAAAGGAAGUAGCACUGUGCAGAAAGGCAAAAACGGCAAUAAGGAACCACUACAAUCAGAAAUGACCGUUUCCGGCUAUUUAAAUCUUGCUGCUGAUUUCACACACAACUUCACUGAUGGUCUAGCAAUUGGAGCCUCGUUCCUGGUCAGCAGCAGUGUUGGAAUUGUCACCACAAUCACAAUUCUCCUACAUGAAGUGCCUCACGAAAUUGGGGACUUUGCUAUCCUGGUGCAGAGUGGAUGCACAAAGAGGAAGGCAAUGAUGCUACAGCUCAGUACAGCUUUGGGAGCACUUGCAGGCACCAUUUGCUCUCUCUUGGCAGAAGGAAUUGGGGAAGCUGCAACCUUAUGGAUUCUGCCAUUCACAGCAGGGGGAUUUAUUUAUAUUGCAACAGUUUCAGUUAUCCCAGAACUCCUGAAGGACUCACGCCCUUUGCAGUCCAUCCUUGAAACCUUUGGACUCCUCCUUGGGGUCGCUAUGAUGGUUCUCAUUGCACAGUUUGAGUAGAGUCGCUCACUGUAAAGUCAACAAACAGGGAAACAUGUCGUGGAAUUUUGGGUCUCUGUAAGGAUGAGAUCAUGUGUCUUUCAGGGAUGUACCUUUGCAACCUAUUUUUUCUAAAGAUUAUGUCAUAGUUAGAUAUAUCUGAUAUAACCUGUUGUUACUUCUAUUUACUAGGCAGUGUUUAUUCUGCAAUACUUUAAUGUCCUUGGGCAUCUAUAAACCACAGUGGAAUACUGCAGAGCUUUUAAAGGGGAAGUUAAUCUUAAAAAUACAUUUUAGUAUGGAUAGACAGUCGGCUACAUCUCACAAUCAGGGAGAUAUAUAGUCUCCUCAUAAAUCUUCUGUGUGGUUGCCAGGGACAUAGACCUGAAAAGCUAAUGAAUUCCAGUUUUCAAGUUUAAAAAGUGAAACAAACAUGUGCAGGCACACACAACAGACCAACUGCAAAUGUCUACACCUUAGUAGAAGAUAUUAUAUCUAUGAUAUAUGUUUGUAAUUCCAAGAUCGUUUUCAACCCUUUUUGUUUUUUAUUUUGGGACCAAAACCUGCAAUCAUGAGACCUACCAUUUUUUUUAUUAGAUCAAUUGUGAUAACUCCAUCAAUCUACCUAGCUGAUAUUCCUGUGAAAAUGUGUUUUUUUUGUUUUCUUAAAAUAAAUUAGAUUUAUUUUUUUAAUAUGAUUUUGGGGUUAUAAGAAAGUAAUUGCUGGAACUUUUGUCAGAUGUGUGGACUUCAUUGGCCUUUUUAAGUGGGAUCAGAGCAGAGGUGUUGAUUUCUGAGCAAAGAUGUAGACUGUAGAAUGUAUAUGUAAUGGGAAGAAAAUAGGGAGACUUUAAUGAGGUUUUGCUUUAAACAAAAUGUGAUGCUUGUGUUUAAGGGUAUAGCUGUAUUUGGGAAGUGUGGUGCGUGACACUAAUGUAUAUAUGGUAUACAGAUCACAGUGCUGACUGGCAGGUCCAUUAUUUGCUAUCUUUCUGUAUUCCUAAAUUUCAGGAGUCAUUGUUACAGAUAAUCUUUCUUUCUGACAAACCAUUCUCCUUAUAAUUAUAUCAGCCUACAAACUC